CUGGCCGGUAGCCUCUUUAUGAUUUCUGUCCCGCCCCUCAGUGCAAAAUCUAUGAUGCUCUCCCCUCCAUCGAGCUAACUACCGGUGGGCGGUGCCAGCUGCCAUGCAACUCGGGCGUCCUGUGAGCCAUUCCUCAAGAUCCAGCCUGCAAGAAGUGUCCGACCAUGGUGUCAACAUUUGCCGCCCCGCUUGUUCUGGCCGCCCCCGAGAUGGUCGACGUGGAAGGUGCUGAUGUCGAACGAGAAAUCUGGUUGCCAGCUGUCUUCGAGCCCAGAUCCGUCUUCUUGCAUCCAACAGGUCUCACUAUCACUUGUCACCUCUUGUUGGUUUUGUCGAACUUCGUCCGCCCUGCCCUUGCCCUUGUCAGUUGACACACAGGUGUUCUCGGUGAGGGAUGCAGAGCUCGUCGGUGUGUUCUCUGUAGCGGAGUCUGAGUGGCUGGCCGAGGGCCCCGGCGACGAUGGAUCACUUGUUUGCUGGGUCUCAUUCGCAGACGGAGGAGACUGUGCGGUGUGCUCAGCUAGCCACUAAUCGAAGAUCAAGGCAAAGCAGCGUGAGAAGACUCGCGCCUGAAACGCGGCGGGGUCUUGGUGUG